UUCAGCUGCAACUCCCAGCACCAGGAAAUUCCAGCUCCUCGACAGGCUUUAAAAGGUCUGCGACCCGAGGAAGGCUGGGGAGAUGGAGGAGAACCGGGCUGCAGAGAUGACAGCCGGAGAGAGGGAAAAUCUCAUCGCCUUCAGGGACUACGUUAUAAAGAUUCUGGACCCUACCUACAUCCAGUGCUUCAUGGCCACUUGGUUUAGCGAGGAGAAGCUGCAGCUCAUCCAGACUGAGAAAAACAACAAGGGCACUAUAGAAGCUGCUUCCCUUUUUUUCAAAUAUUUAUUGGAGCUCCAGGAGGAUGGUUGGUUCCGCGCGUUUCUGGAUGCCCUUCACCAAGCAGGUUAUUCUGGACUUUAUGAAGCCCUUGAAAAUUGGGAUUUUAAAAAAAUUGAUGACUUGGAGGAGUAUAGAUUGUACUUAAGGCGUUUACAACCAGAAUUUAAAACCACAGUUGAUCCAGCAGAUAUCCUGCCUCAUCUGUAUGAAUGUCUAAUCACUCAGGAAUAUGAAGAAAUUACACAGAUUUGUUCCUCCAAGGGACCAAUGGCAGGUGCAGAGAAACUGGUUGACUGCCUCAUAAGAUCGGAUAAGAGCAACUGGCCCAAAACUUUGCAGCUUGCUUUGGAGAGAGAAAAUAGCAAAUUCAGUGAACUGUGGAUUGUUGAGAAAGGUGCCAAAAAGGUCGAAGUGGAAGAUCUUAAGGAUGAUGAAGUGGAAACUUUCGACAUACACUUUGUCUACCAGGAAGAAGCAGAAAACCAGAAUCUCAGUCAGAAUCCAUGUCCUCCUUCAGGAGCAACAGAAGCAAUAGAAGCAGAAGUGUCUCAGACUUACUGUCCAUUGAAGCCAAGAAAUUACCAACUAGAGCUUGCUUUGCCUGCAAAGGAAGGAAAAAACACAAUAAUUUGUGCUCCAACUGGUUGUGGGAAAACCUUUGUGUCACUUCUUAUAUGUGAAUACCAUCUUAAAAAAUUUCCACAAGGACAAAAGGGAAAGGUUGUCUUUCUUGCUAAUAAGCUCCCAGUGUAUGAGCAGCAGAAAUCUGUGUUUUCAAAAUAUUUUGAAAGAUGUGGGUACAGAGUUGCUGGUAUUUGUGGAUCAACAACUGUGAUUGUCGUGGUGGAGGAGGUUAUUAAGAGCAAUGAUAUCAUCAUUUUAACACCACAGAUUCUUGUCAAUGCCCUUAAAAAUGGGACUGUUCCAUCACUCUCCAUCUUCACUUUGAUGAUAUUUGAUGAAUGCCACAACACCAAUAAACUUCAUCCUUACAAUAUGAUUAUGUUUAGUUAUCUAGAUCAGAAACUUGGAAAAUCUUCUGACCCACUGCCUCAGGUUAUUGGACUGACUGCUUCAGUCGGCGUUGGGAAUGCAAAGGACACAUUAGAAGCCAUGGACUAUAUCAUCAAGCUAUGUGCUUCUCUCGAUGCAUCUGUAAUAGUAACAGUCCAGGAAAACUUGGCGGAACUGGAGGAAGUAGUUUACAAGCCCCAGAAGUUUUUCAGGAAAGUAGAACCAAGGGCUAAUAACAGAUUUAAAUGCGUCAUAAUUCAGCUGAUGAGAGAGACCGAGAAUUUGGCAAAGAAGGUCUUUAAAGAAUUCGAAACCUUAUCGCAGUUACAAACUAGGGAUUUUGGAACCCAAAAAUAUGAGCAGUGGAUCAUGAUUGUUCAGAAAGCGUGCUCAGUGUUGAAGAUGCCGGACAAAAAUGAAGAGAGCAGGAUUUGUAAAGCCCUGUUUCUCUACACGUCCCAUUUGCGGAAAUAUAACGAUGCACUCAUUAUCAUUGAGGAUGCUCAAUUAGUGGAUGCUUUGGAUUACUUGAAAGACUUCUACUCUGAGGUCCGAUCUGCAGGAUUUGAUGAGAUUGAGCAAGAUCUCACUCAGAGAUUUGAAGAAAAACUGCCUGAGCUGGAGAGUCUUUCUGUGGAUCCCUGCAAUGAGAAUCCAAAACUCAGUGACCUCUGCUUCAUCUUGCAAGAGGAGUACCAUGUAAACCCAGACACCAGAACCCUUCUCUUCGUGAAAACCAGAGCACUCGUGAAGGCUUUGAAGAAAUGGAUUGAAGGAAAUUCCCAGCUCAACUUUCUAAAUCCUGGCAUAUUAACUGGACGAGGCAAAACAAGUGAAAACUUAGGAAUGACCCUUCCAGCACAGAAGUGUGUAUUGGAUGCGUUCAAAACUAAGGGAGAAAGCAAGAUUCUGAUUGCCACUUCUGUUGCUGAAGAGGGCAUUGAUAUUGCUCAGUGCAAUCUGGUUAUCCUAUAUGAAUACGUGGGCAAUGUCAUAAAAAUGAUCCAAACGAGAGGCAGAGGCAGAGCGAAAGGUAGCAAGUGCUACCUCUUGACGAGUAGUGAGGAGAACAUUGAAAAGGAAGAAAUGAAUAUGUACAAAGAAAAAAUUAUGAAUGACUGCAUCUCCAAACUUCAGAAAUUAAAUGAAGCAGCAUUUAAGGAAAAGGUCCAGAAGAUACAGACUCAUGAAAAGUUACUCCGAGAUAAACCAGAAAGAGCAAAACCGGUCCCUGAUAAGAAAAAUAAAAAACUACUCUGCAAAAAAUGCAAAGCUUUUGCCUGUUAUACAGAUGAUAUAAGAGUGGUGGAGGAUAACCAUCAUACUGUAGUUGGAAAAGCUUUUAAGGAGUGCUUCGAGAGCAAGUUACACCCUAAACCAGGAACCUAUGGCAGUUUUGAGAAGAAAGAAAAGAUUUUCUGUUGCAAGUGCAAAUUGGACUGGGGAAUCCAUGUGAAGUAUAAGACAUUUGAGAUUCCAGUGAUAAAGAUUCAAGGUUUUGUGGUGGAAGAUCUUGAAACAGGACAACAGAGGUCAUAUACAAAGUGGAAGGAUUUUGAAUUUGAUAAGAAACAAUUUGAUGAUGCAGACAUGGUCCUUGAGUAGCUGCCGGGAGUAGACGAACUCGAGAGAAGGAAUUGGUUUCAGUUGUGCAAUAAUCAUGGAUCCUUUGUACCACUUGACCUAAUACUUGUUUACUGGGCUGAAUGUUAGUCACUAACUUCACCUCAUUAUUGUUUUCAACAGUUUGUGAAUAAAGUGAAUAAAUUAUUA